AUGUCGCAACACGAGGCCAACUGGGAUCUCGACAGCGUCGAGAUCGCCUCUAUCGCAUCGGAAGAGCUCCACGAAAACAGACCAAACCGCUGGAGAGGAUCGAAAGCGACUUGGCGUUACGUGACUGAGGAAGAGCGCAUGCUUUGGCGCUCAAUGAAGCAAUUGCAGGAUGAAGAUUUGGGCGUGCACCUUUACAAUGCCUUUGCGCUGAAGAAACGCGCGACGAAUCCAGAGUCUGCCGAAGACUUGGCCAUUAAAAAGGAGGAUGGACAGGAGGAUGGACGGGAGGAUGGACAGGAGGGUGUCUGGGUGCCGCCAAAGACGUGGACGGCUUGGCCCAUGCGGCAGAAGCAUAUACCGCCCGCUGGCCUAUUCAAGGACGAAGGUGAUGGGGAUGAUGAGUUUACUCUUCGGCGCCAGGAAAAGGUUACGCCAAGCUCUGAACUGAGAGCAGAACUGACAGCCACGAUUCUACGGCUCGCGAAGGAGCGCUUUUCCCGUCGUAAGCCGCCUCAGCCAGUAGAGCCGUCCAUCGAAACUCCGGCUUCGCCUCGUCUAGGCGACAAAGGCAGCGAGCCCUCUGACGAAUCAGAGACUGAACCUUUGUCUCAUCCCACCGUGAGGCAGGCCACUGAUGUAUCUGUUAUUGACGAUGAGCAGUCCACUUCACGGAGCGGCAAGAAAAGUGCCGGCAGAACGUUAGACCCCGUCGUCUCAACGGAUGAUGAUUUGUCGACGUCACUGCUCAAGCCAUCCGUGCAGCACAUCCUAACACAAAUGGACAAAACCCUCACCAUUUUACACAAUGCACGCGUGGCUGGUCUCAGCUACCUGUCCGACUCUUCGGAGACGGAGACGGAAGAUGGAUCAGACGCAGCCCAAACGCCGACUGGAAAGCGCGGUCGCGGCCGUCCGCGACUCCCACCGCAACCUUCGUCUGAAGCCUCUCCAGGCGGUUCGAGAUCACGCCGCGGGCGACCUAGGAUAGUUCACAUACCCGAGCAAGGCGAAACACAGGAGCAAAUGGAGCAACGCCUUGCAAAACGCGGCCACAGACGCCUGCCCGCCACCGCAGAGGAUCGUGAGGCGGCGUUUGACAAAUGGCUACGGCAGGGCGACGAGCGCGUCGCGCGCGAGCAGCGCAGGCUCCAAAGCCAGCCCGUAUCCGAAGAGCCGGAAUCGCACGACGGCGACGAUAGAGACCGCAUGAGCAACGAGGACAAUGAUGAAGAGGAGGAGGAGGCCAGGACUAGUGCAGAGCGCAAGAUUCGGCGAUGGGGGCUCCGCGACUGGAGCGACGUGGUGGGUGCCGCCGCGCUCGCCGGAUUCCCACCGCAAGUCAUCGCACGCACCACGCAGCGCUGCGCGAACCUGUUCGGGCAGGGCAUGGUCCUCACGCAAAUCGACGAGGCGCCCGCAGCGCGGGCCAGCGCCAGCGUCCGCACCACCACCUACCGGCCGGAACGCAUUCGUCUGUCCUCAUCCCCCAGCGACAGCGACGACGGCAAUAGCGAUGCGAACAGCGAACCCAGAGCCAGCCUGCGGCAGCGCCGCAUCGCGUCCCGCCAAGCAUCUCUGGCGCGCUCCAGCCGCGAAGCAAGCACGAGUGCCUCGCGCCGAGGCCGGCGAGUCGCUGCCGCCACCUCACCGCACAGCCCCCAGCCUGGCGGCUCCUCGCGGUCCUGCUCGCGCUCGCGGUCGCGCUCGGCGGCGGGAAUCCUCUUUUGCCCGGUGGCGUCGUGCGACCGCGCCGCAGUGGGCUUCACGCGGGGGAGUAACCUGCGGCGGCACAUGCGGCUGAUGCACCUCGAGCGCGACCAGGAUGCCGUCGGCGGCGGUGGCGGCGGCGGCGCGGCCGAGGACGAGGACAGCGACGACGAGACAAUGGGUGCGGUGCACGUCGACAGGUUCCUGCGGACCAUUAACCCGGGCAGAGGCUGGCGCGGCGAAGACGUGCUGAGCAGGAAGAGGAGGGGGACUGCGCGGUCGCCGACACCGCCGGGGAAUCGUCCGGCCAAGAAGGCGGACAUUGGAUCCUCUGGGGACUCUGAGUAG